AUGUCCAGUCCGUCCGCUUUUUCUCGUACUUAUUGUAAUUUGACAACACCAACUUCACCUAUUGAUAUGUAUUCUCGCGUUAGACAAACAAGGUCCGGAACCACUUCUACGGUUGACAUUGUAAUUAUAGAUAGUGACACUGAGGAUGACGUUGUCCCGUCACAUGGUUCUGACCAUAACAAUUCCUACUCUCGAAAUAAUAUGAACCAACAUACAUUUGGUAGUCAAAGUUUAUACAAUACACCUGGAGCGAUUUCGGCUGGUAAUGUACAAAGCCCUUCGAUCAGAAACGGAGGUGGUCCAAUUCGAGCUAGAACCAAUGCUGUUCGUUCGAACCCUAGUCGUUCUAGUCCCGUUCGUUCUAAUCGGUUACAAAGUUCUGGAUUUCCGUUGCGAGGUUUAGCGAUAGUAAAUGUCACUACUAUUCAGUCUGUUCAGGGAACAAACUCAAAUCUUCAAUUCUCAUAUCGUCAUCACCGACAGCAUGCAUCGGCAUUCCAUCCUGUGCUCUAUGCAGCAGACGAAAUAACCAUCGCUCCUUCUCAACAUGAUCGUCUACAUUCCCAUGAUAAUGCUACAGGCACUUCUCGGACAUUCCCUUCCAUUUUUCAAACCGAAAACGCAACCUCCACUACGAUUAAUGCUAACGAUCUUCAGAUCCUGAGUACACCACCUACGUCCACCUCGCGCCGGGAUAAUAAUAUUUCAAAGCCGUCAUUAGCAGGUCACACAAGGAAUCUUGAAGACUCAUGUACUUUAAUUUGUGUAGAUUGUAACAGCAUUCUUCGUGAAAAAUUAUGGGCGUUACACUGCGGGCAUGUUAUUUGUGGAGGUUGCGUGGACAAAUUCUUGGAAAAAAAGAAAGAAAAAACUGCAUGUCCAAGUUGUCGGCACAAAUCAAAGUCCG